AUGGAGAAUGCAUACACCAAGACGCCUGCAGAGGCGCUCAAGCAUUUCCAGGUAACAGAAGAGAAGGGCCUGUCGGAGCAGCAGGUCAAGGAUCUGCGCGCAAAGCACGGCAAGAAUGCGCUGCCAGAAGACCCCCCAACGCCAAUCUGGGAGCUCAUCCUCGAGCAGUUCAAGGACCAGCUCGUCAUCAUCCUGCUAGGUUCGGCAGCCGUGUCGUUCGUGCUUGCCCUCUUUGAAGACGAGGAGGGCUGGACCGCAUUCGUGGAUCCCGCAGUUCAAUUCCGCCAGAUUCUCACCAUUCUCAUCCUCAACGCCGUCGUCGGGGUGUCGCAAGAAACAAGUGCCGAAAAGGCCAUCGCCGCCCUCCAGGAAUACUCGGCCAACGAGGCCAAGGUCGUUCGCGAUGGACACAUUACCCGCGUCAAGGCCGACGACCUGGUGCCCGGAGACAUCGUCUCGGUUACAAUCGGUGACAGGAUUCCCGCAGACUGCAGGAUCCUGUCUAUCCAGAGCAACAGCUUCAACAUCGACCAGUCCAUCUUGACUGGCGAGAGCGAGAGUGUGUCAAAGGACACGCGCCCAGUCAAGGAUGCGAGCGCUGUCAAGCAGGAUCAGGUCAACAUGUUGUUCUCUGGCACCACGGUCGUCACGGGACACGCGACCGCGCUGGUUGUUCUGACUGGUGGAAACACGGCUAUCGGAGACAUCCACGAGAGCAUUACUUCGCAAAUCUCGCAGCCUACGCCCUUGAAGGAGAAGUUGAACGACUUUGGUGACAUGCUCGCAAAGGUCAUUUCAGCUAUCUGUGUUCUCGUCUGGCUCAUCAACUGGCGCAACUUCAGCGACCCAUCGCACGGAAGCUUCGCCAAGGGUGCCAUCUACUACCUCAAGAUUGCUGUCUCGCUCGGUGUUGCGGCUAUCCCUGAAGGUCUGGCUGUCGUCAUCACUACCUGUCUGGCUCUCGGCACGCGCAAGAUGGCCGCAAGGAACGCCGUCGUCCGCAGUCUGCCAUCCGUCGAGACUCUCGGAAGCUGCAGCGUCAUCUGCUCUGACAAGACUGGAACCCUCACCACCAACCAGAUGAGCGUCAACAAGAUGGUUUUCAUCAGCGAGAACGGUAACGGACUUGAGGAAUUCGAUGUCGAGGGAACCAGCUUCGCUCCCGAGGGUCAAAUCUCCUUCCAAGGAAAGGCUUUGGGUAACCUGGCUGCGUCCUCCGCCACUGUUCGCCAGAUCUGCGAAGUUACCGCCCUCUGCAACGAAGCUGACCUCGCAUACGACUCCAAGAACAGCACCUACAGCCUCGUUGGCGAGCCUACGGAGGGUGCUCUGCGUGUCCUGGUCGAGAAAGUUGGCACUCCUGACGCCCAGCUCAACGCAACCCGUGCCAAUGCCUCCCCCGAGCAACGCCUGGACUUUGCGAGCAAGUACUACAAGAACCAGCUGUCACGUGUAGCCACCUACGAAUUCUCUCGCGACCGUAAGAGUAUGUCUGUCUUGGUCAAGGAUGGCAACACGCAAAAGCUUCUCGUCAAGGGUGCUCCCGAAUCUGUCCUUGCCCGCUGCACCAACGCCAUUGUUGGAAGCAACGGCAAGAAGGUCCCCAUGAACCAGAACCUCGCUAGCCUCAUCAACAAGGAAAUUGUCGAGUACGGCAACCGUGGUCUCCGUGUUAUUGCCCUGGCUACCGUUGACGACAUUGGCUCACAUCCGCUUCUCUCCAAGGCCAAGACCACCAAGGAAUACACUCAACAUCGAACAGAACAUGACUCUUGUCGGUCUCUGCGGUCCGCUGGCAUCCGUGUUGUCGUCAUUACUGGAGACAACCAAAAUACCGCCGAGUCCAUCUGUCGCCAAAUCGGUGUCUUUGGACCCAACGAAGACCUCACUGGAAAGAGCUACACCGGACGCCAAUUCGAUGAUCUUAGUGAUGCUGAGAAGAUGCACGCCGCCAAACACGCAUCUCUUUUCUCCCGCACUGAGCCCACCCACAAGUCCAAGCUCGUUGAUCUCCUCCAGCAAGCCGGUGAAGUCGUCGCCAUGACUGGUGACGGUGUCAACGACGCGCCCGCCCUCAAGAAAGCCGACAUUGGUGUAGCCAUGGGCUCUGGAACUGACGUUGCCAAACUCGCCGCCGACAUGGUCCUCGUAGACGACAACUUCGCCACCAUCGAAGGCGCCGUCGAAGAAGGCCGCUCCAUCUACAACAACACGCAGCAAUUCAUCCGCUACCUCAUCUCCUCCAACAUCGGCGAAGUUGUGUCCAUCUUCCUGACCGCCGCCAUGGGCAUGCCCGAAGCUCUCAUCCCCGUCCAACUCCUCUGGGUCAACCUCGUCACCGACGGCCUCCCCGCCACCGCCCUCUCCUUCAACCCUCCCGAUCACGACGUCAUGAAGCGCCAGCCCCGCAAGCGCGACGAGCCGCUCGUCGGCGGCUGGUUGUUCUUCCGCUACAUGGUCAUCGGCACGUACGUCGGCGCCGCCACCGUCUUCGGCUACGCCUGGUGGUUCAUGUUCAAUUCCGCGGGUCCGCAAAUCUCCUUCUACCAGCUCAGCCACUUCCACCAGUGCUCGCGCGCAUUCCCUGAAAUCGGCUGCGAAAUGUUCAGCAACGACAUGGCCAAGUCGGCAUCUACCGUCUCCCUGUCUAUCCUUGUUGUCAUUGAGAUGUGCAUUUUGCGCUGCUCUAUGUGCCGUUCUUGCAGGGCUUGUUCAGCGUUAUUCCGCUCGAUGUUAGCGAGUGGAAGGCGGUCAUGGCGAUUAGUGCGCCCAUCAUGUAAGUUACCCCUUUUCCCCCCUCCCCCUCCCCUUCCCUCUCAUGCCAUUGUUAAGGAAUAUAUUCACUAACGAUAAAUCAGUCUCAUCGACGAAGUCCUCAAGUUCUUCGAGCGCGCCUUCUUCAUCAGCAAGGGCGAGGACGUCAAUCACGAUGCUGCGCUGGAGAAGAAGAGGGAGUAGAAAAAGUGGAUCGGGUGCAAAAUGUAUCAUACAUAGGGAGGUUUGCUGUGUGCAUAUAGAACAAGAUG